AUGGACAUGCUCAACAUGGCUUCCAUACCCAUGAACAUAGACGACCUUCCCAGCGAGAUCCUCAUGCAAAUCCUCUCUCCCAUGACAACCAUCCAGCUCCUUCCGCUCGCCCGAGUGAACCGCCGCUUCCACGACCUGGCCAUUCGCCUGAUCCACACCCGCCUGACGAACGCAGCCUUCCUGCCAGAGCAUGAGCUCAUCCUCGAAUGCUACCACCCCUCCGCAAAGAUCUCUACACCCUACCUGCAGUGUAAUUACCUCGGUACAGACGGCCUGAGCGGCUACGAGGAGGACCACCAGCUGAGCUUUGGCCAGUUUGGGCAACUCUACUCGCGCUUCAGGCCCGUCUUGCAGGAGGAUAACCGCAGGUCAAGGUCGAGACAUCCCAGCGUGAGUGGUGGUGCUGCUGAGGGUGACGACACUGCAACGGUGACGGUGGAUCUUGACGAUGGCGAGAUGUUCAGCCAAUUGUGCACAGUCACAAAUAUGGUCAAGAACUCGUCCAGGAGAGGCCUCUUCCUCUCUCACGUCAACAUCAACGACGGCGUGGUGCGCGUGUUCAGGCGGUGGUUGCGACAGUGCCACAAGGGCGAGCUGAAGGAGCAGGACCAGAUCCUGUGGACCGACCGGCAAAAGAACGUCGGGCUGCGCUUCAAGGUUCGCGAGAACGUUGGUGCGAGACCCGGCCCGGCGAUCUGGACCCAGGCGGACGAGGACGAGGAUCUCCCCGUGUCAUACGAGCUGGAGUACCAGGAGGUUUUGGUCCGAACGGGCCAGCUGCUUCUCAAGGUGGAGAAGGCAGAGGACCAGGAAGUCCACAAUACAGAUCUCGGUUUUGUGCGCGAAACCGGCAGCAAAGUCCCCUGCAAGGGCCAACAGAUGUACUUCUGGAUGCCACCCGCGAAUACCUACGACCGACAACUUUGGGGUGGAUCGGCGCCUUCUAUCUGGUCACGGACCACCGAACGUGCACUCUCGCCCUCGAUCGCCACUCCAGAAUCGCAACGGGUCGCUCUCAGCCGUCCGAAAACCUCGUCGCACGAACACGGACGAAAACCAGACAUCCCGAUAUUCAUCCGAAGAAAGCGAAACGGAAACAGGCUAGAGUCGCCAGGCAAAACCUGA